GUCUCUGUGUCUCUGUGUGUCUGUGUGUGUCUCUGUGUCUCUGUCCCCUGCUCAGGCGAGACAUCUGUGUGGUGUUUGACCGUGAGCGGCUGCUGGAGCUGCUCCGCCGCUACCUAGCGGAGCGACAGGAGUCUGCGUGGCGGGGUGCCAUGGACCUCCGCCAUCGCACCGUGCAGGACGUCAUGACGCCGAUCACGGACUGCUUCAUGCUGAGCAUCGACAGCACACUCGACUUCCAGACGAUGUCGCAGGUGAUGCAGAGCGGCUACACACGUGUGCCUCUGUACGAGGGUGAGCCGGCCAACGUGGUGGACCUUCUGUGUGUCCGAGACCUCGCGAUGGUUGAGCCGGCCGACUGCACGUCGCUCCGGACCAUAGCACGCUUCUACAGCCGCCCGCUGCACUUUGUGUUCAACGACACGCAGCUGCACGCCGUCAUGGACGAGUUCCGCAGGG